AUGAGGUUCAGGACGGCAAUUGCGAACGUCUCCCUUCUCACUAAAAUCAUCCGCGCCCUCUCAGCGCUCGCAAAGACGUGUGUGAUACAGCUGUCGCAAGAGCAGCUGAGGUUCAUUGUACCAGGCCAUGAGAGUGCUACAGGUGUCCAAGUAUGGUCGCAAGUCAAAACAGGGACCUUGUUCGAAGGCUACAGGAUCGAGUCGAAUAUGAACAAUGAGAUAUGGGUGGAGGUCAACCUCGACGCCUUGCAUCGGGUCCUGAAGAGUGCCGAUACUGCUGUGGGCGACGGCAAAAGCGAAGCCUUCCUGUCCGACGCAGAGGUAACACUCAAACUCGGCAAAAACAACUCUCAGCCGAUUUGGUCUUUCGGCGUCCGUGGAUACACUGCGACCAGGAAACAAAUGUGCAUCACGCACGAGAUCAACGUCAAGAUCCUUUCUGCCCGUCGACAACAGGAGUUGGAAGAGCCUCUUUGUCCGCAGCCUGAUAUCCAUGUGAUCUUGCCGAACCUGUUGGAUCUGCGAAAUGUGGUGGCGAGGAUGGGGCAUUUGGGCGAUGAUAUGGAGGUGUCAGCAAACCACGAAGGAAAGCUCGAGCUAUCUGUGAAAGGCGGUGCUGUCAACCUUGCUACCACUUGGAAGGAACUCAGACUGCCAUCUGUCCAUGACCCGGAAGGAGAAGAAGUCACCCCACCGCACGCCCCACCAGAUAGCCAGAUGUUCUCCACAACAGUCACGGUGAAGGGGUUGUUGAAGUUUCUGACGAGCCAUUGUAUAAGCCAGGAUGCCAUCAUGUGUAUAUGCGAAAAUCACUGUGUGAUCACUUAUGUCUACAUCGGUCCGAUAGAAGAUGCCGAAGGCGUGUUGACCUUCUACAUUCCGGGGAAGGACAAGGGAAAUUAG